CAGUGAACCGAAUAAAUCUCUCUCUCUCUAAGCCUCAAAAGCUUCGUCUGAGAAUCACCCUUUCCUCGCUCUAGAAAACCAGUCUGAUUUUCCAUCUGAAAAUACGCUCUAUAACCAUGAUUCAUGGCGCCUCAACGGCUACUUUUUCAAAAUUUGCCUCUCUUUUCAGGCCGGGAGACCCUAAUUCACACUCUUCCUGGUCAUUGCCUGCUUCUUCCUUUCAUCCUAUCUGUUUCAGUCGCUGUAAUGGCGUGCCAAAACCCUUCUCUCUGAGCCAUAGUUUCGAACAUCUUUCUCUUUCUUCCAUUUCGGGAAGUUCAGAGAGAAUCUCUCACUUGCAACCGAGAUCAAGAAGUUCUCGGAUUGGUCUUCACGUGUUUCAGAAAGAAGCAGCUGAUCUUCAAACUGCGAGAAAAUCGACCUCAGAUUUGAUCAAAUUGUGUAGAGAGAGAAAGGUUAGAGAAGCCAUUGAAUAUCUUGAAGGCAUGGAAAGGCAAGGAAUUCAUGUGAAUUCAAGUACCCAUCUUUCUCUUUUGCAAGCCUGCGCAGAUACAAAGUCAUUAAAGGAAGGGAAGAUGCUCCAUGAGCAUAUUCUGAGGUCUUCAUAUAAACCCAGUAUUUCAAUCUUCAACAAAUUGAUGGAAAUGUACAGUAAGAGUAGGUCCAUGAUUGAUGCUCAAACAGUGUUUGAUGAAAUGCCUGAAAGGAACUUAAUUUCUUGGAACACUUUGAUAAUGGGUUUUGCGAAGAACAAUCAAGGAGAAGAGGCAUUGAACUUGUUUUCUCAGAUGAGAGAGAGAGGAUUGGCACCCGAUGGUCACACUUUUCGUGGGGUUUUAUCAGCUUGUAUAAGCUUAUCAGCAGUGGAGGAAGGUCUGGUUCAUUUUGAUUCUAUGAAAAAGGAAUAUGCAAUAUCUCCAUGGAUGGAUCACUAUGUGGCUAUAGUUGAUCUUCUCUCUAGAUCAAAGAGGUUUGAAGAAGCUGAAGAUUUCAUCAAGAAAAUGCCAAUGAAGCCUAGUGCUCUGAUAUGGCAAACGCUGCUGAAGUUUUCUAAGAUCCAUGGUGAUCUAGAGAGAGAAAAACGAGCAGCCAAAUGCUUGAAUCCAUCGAAUACUGGAUCAGGGCCUGAACGAAGCUUGAGAUAUGACAACCUAGAAAGAGAAAUUGAUGGGAGCAAACACUUAAAUCAAUUGAGCCCAUCAAAUUCUAGCGCAGACUCUGAAGGAAACCAGAUUACUGGAACCAAGAACAAAGCGAAAGAGAACCCAAUUCCACCAAAGAGUGAAGCUUAUGAGAAGCUGAAGGGAUUGAGUGGUCAAGUUAGAGAAGCUGGGUAUAAACCAGAUACAAGAUAUGUUCUCCAUGACAUAGAUGAGGAAGCAAAGGAGCAAGCAUUGCUUUAUCAUAGUGAGAGGUUGGCUCUUGCUUAUGGGCUUAUUAGCACUCCUAAAGGGAGCACAUUGAGAAUCAUCAAGAAUCUUCGAGUGUGCGGAGAUUGCCAUAAUUGGUUCAAGAUCGUUUCGAAGAUCGUAGAUAGAGAAAUCAUCCUCAGGGAUAACAAGAGGUUUCACCACUUCAAAGAUGGGCGGUGCUCUUGUGGAGAUUACUGGUGAUUUAAAUUUGUUUCCAUGUUGAUGGCUAGUUCCAUUACUUCUCUCUUCAAUUUGUUGAUUAACAACUAUACAAUAUUAUUGCAGGGAUUUAAGAGUUUAAGUGGACUUUUAUAUCUCUGUUGUAAAUUAAGAUAGUUUCUCUUUC